AAUUAAAACUGUUUUCAGAAGUAAACAUGAAUUUUCGAAAUUUUAUAAACUUCGUGUUUGUUUGUGUUGGGAUGGCGCUAGGAGGAGCAUCGUUUAGUAUUCCUACUCCUAUAUUCCCAUCAGAGGCAUUAUCAAGAGGAGUUAGUGUCACUCAAUCCGGAAUAGUUUUAGGUUCAGCUUUUUUAACAACAGUUAUUGCAACUCCUUUAUGUGGAAAGUUGAUAGGCUGGCAUGGAGCAAAACUGGUUUUUGUUCUCGGUGUUCUGGUUUGUGCCGUGGGUAACAUCGCCUUCGGUUUGCUGCGCUACAUUCAAGAUCCUGAUGCUUUCUUCUGGUUGUCCUUGUUCUUUAGAAUCCUAACAGCUGUUGGAGAAUCCGCCAUUUCUCCGACUGCGUAUCCAUUAGGAUCUCAGCAAGUUUCUGAUAGGAAUCAAGGAAAAGCCAUUUCUGUCAUCGAAUGCAGUUUUGGAAUUGGAAUGGUGGCUGGUCCCGCGCUUGGAGGAUUUCUUUACAAUCUUGGUGGAUUUGCUGCUCCAUUUUGGUUUCUGGGUGUUCUUCUGGUUCUUAUUGUUAUUUUGACAGUUUUCUUUUUCAAACUGAAACCUCAUACAAGAGAGGAGGAAGAAAGAUCAACAAGCUGGCGCUCCUUGUUGUCUGCUCCCGGGAUGAAAUCAAAUAUUUGCGGAUUAUUAAUUGCUGGUUCAGCCACAAACUGGUAUUCAGCUGCACUUGAACCAUACUUUGUAGAGAAGUAUGAGCUUGAUGCUGCUGAAGUUGGUCUACUGCUCAUGGGGUUCUCUAUUGCCUACACUGUGAUGGCUCCCAUAUUUGGAGUUAUCAUGGACUGCGGUCUCACUCCUAUAGUCGCAGUUCUCAUGGGAAACCUUACCAUCUCUUUAUCAAUGUUUUUACUUGGCCCUUUCCCGGGUUUAACAUUCCUUGAGAGUGUUCCGAUUGCGGCAUUAGCGCUUGUCAUUCAUGGCGUAGGUACUGCAGCUGCAUUCCUUGCAACUCUUCUUGGUAUGCUGGAAAGUACGAAACAAGGCGGAAUCCCUCACACGGAUCAGACAACG